CGACGAUUGCGGCUCGGCGCCCGCUAGAACUAAUCCUUAUUUUGAUUGGAGGAACUUGAGUAAAAACUUGUCGAAGAAGCUCCAAUAAGAAUGGCCGCCGUUCUGGGAAGAAGGUUCAGGGCUUUUCAGCCGGUGAUCGGCAAGGCGAAUUUACCGGCCUUGUCCUCGGUCAGAUUCGUGGCAAGGUCGUCUGAACGUCAAGAUUUAAGCGAAGGAUGGCUGAGCAAAUUACUUGUGAGAAAGAUAGAACCUACCAAGGAGUCGCAUUCGCGGAUGCUCUCCGACAAGGAGGUCAUUUAUGCUCUGAAUACACACAACAUCCGUCCUGACUCCAUCGAUAAAUAUCUGGCGAACUAUGAAGAAAAUGUUAACUUCAUUCAUUCCAAAAAGGGUGAAUUGAAUUGUGAAUUGGUGGGAUCAUGGACUGUUGAAGUUGGAGAUCUUGAUCAGGCCCUCCAUUUGUGGCAAUAUACUGGAGGUUUUGAACGCAUAGACCGUGCCCAAGCUAUGUUUUCCAAGGAUGCGGACUAUCAACGUUUGCUUAAGGAAAGGGGAAAUUAUCUAAGAUCUCGUCAUCUUCAGUAUUUAUUAGCAUUCAGUUACUGGCCCCAGAUUGUAAAACGGGAAGGUGCCAAUAAAUAUGAGAUCCGUAGCUACAGUUUAAAGCCUGGCACAAUGAUAGAGUGGGGAAAUAAUUGGGCAAGAGCUAUAAACUAUAGACGCAACAAUAAUGAAGCUUUUGCUGGUUUCUUCUCUCAAAUUGGGCGACUCUACAAUGUUCAUCAUAUCUGGUGCUAUAAGGAUCUUCAAUCUCGCAAGGAAACUCGUGAAAGUGCAUGGCGAUCACCAGGUUGGGACGAGUGUGUCGCGUACACCGUACCAUUAAUUCGUGAAAUGCAUUCUCGUGUUUUAAACCCAACCUCAUUCUCUCCUACGAAGUAACUUUCUAGCUAUUAUGAAUUUCGUAUGCAUUUGUAUAAAUAUUAUGAACUUCAUUAGUGUCUGAAGAUAAUGUAAAGAAAAAAAGGAUACAAAUACACGCUACACGAUACGCGUGGUGUCGUCUAGAUGCAACAAUAACAAAAGGCAGGGACAGAAAUAGAAGAGGCGAAGUAUUUUCUUUUUUAUCAUGUAGAUCACGAAAACGGAAGGUGCAUUUUACCAGGUUACUGGACUCCCAAACUUUGGUUCAAAGUCCGGACUCUAUACAAGUCCAUGAAUUUCGUAUCAUGUGUCGAAUUUGUCACACAAGACAAUUGUAAACUAUGUAGGAAAAUAUACAGAUCUAUAUACUUGAUUCUAGAA